UCUUCUUCCUCAAUAGCCCCUCCGCGCUCCUCACCGCGCUCCUGCCCGCCCCUGAGUACAACGGCGACAGUUAACUCACUCGACGCCGCUGACCGAAUCGGGAAGCUCAGCGGAGCGUGAAGCUGCAUCGGGCGAGCUGCUAGCUCGUCCAUACGUGGCUGCAACACGAUGGCCCCGGUGGAAGAGGGCGACGGCGCCGACCCAGAUCGAGCCAGAUCGGACGCAUUGGUGGGCGAGGUUCCAAGGAGGAAGGGGAGCAGCCCGCACAAGCCGACGGGCUUGCAAGGCUCUGACGCGGAUGACAUCCCCAAUGUUCGCUGCGGCUUCACGACUGCGUACGUCGGCAGCCUCUCGCCCCUGAUGUACGAACAGGUGAAACCAACUGGCCUAGCAUCCCUGUUAACGACUCGUGCAUCUGGUGGAGGAGACAACAAGAUCUACUGGAGUUUGCUUAUGAACAUAGAUACAGAUAAAAAACCAUGACAUUUCCAAAUCGCCAGGUUAGACCCAUAAAUGAAGCAGCUAUAGAGUUUGUUACCGGGAUAAAGUCAGGAUCUACUCCCAUCCCAUUAGUAUCACAAACCCUGCAAAGCGAGAUCAAUACAAAUCGGGCUGCUAUUCUAGAACUACUUGGGAUAAAUCGGGUGGCAGAGGGAAGGGCCAAAAGAGGGAAAAUCCAGGUUAAGGAGGUGCUGACAGUACUUAGGAACAUAGAUCCGUGUUCCACAACUAAAAAGGACUUGGACGCAACAAAUGUCGGCUACACCCUCCUUGUGUGUGCAACGACGAUUGCGACGCAGGCCAGCUGUGGAUUAGUGCCUGACGAGGUGCUUCACUGUGUCAUUAAGCCAGAUAAAAUCGGUUCAUUUAACUAGGGGAAAUUCAUCAUUGACCACAUGAUGUAGAACGUAAAAGAUGUGCAGAUUCACUACAAAAACAAAAGCAAAAUAGGAUCGUGCCCAAUGGGGGGAUUCCAACUUUGUCUUCAGGUGUUCUUUGCGGAAUGGAUUAAUUUUGAAAGCAACAUGACAGCCAAUAUCUGGCCACGCAUAUCUGCGUAUAGCGAUGACACCCUGAAGGACAUAUUUACUCUAGCAAGGGAUCCAGAAAAAAGAUUGAAGACAAAACCUUUAACAAGGGCCUGUUAAGGGUCGUGGUAUAUCCAUCCAAUCUUGCUCCAGGGGUCCAUGAUUCCAAUUCAGACAGUCAAGACUGCUGCCCAUCACUACAUCACUUCUAGAGUAUGCACUCGGAUGCGGAGCGCUGUGUUGCAUUUUGCUGAAAAUCACUGCCCUCCUGAUGAAGUGUUGUCUGCUGAACACCAAGAGCGUUGCAAAACUCUCAUUAAUCAUAUUUGUGGCGAUCUCGAGGAAGCUGCUUCUCUGAUGUAUGAUGAGUUCAUGGCCUUGGUUGCCGCUACAGAAAAAUCACAGUUGAGAACACAACGUGUCCGGCUAACUCCAAGCCCCUUGGUCGACGCUACAAAAGCUCUUGUGGUUACUCAAUCUACAUCAGCAGGGCAGUUGGUGCAAGCUUCAACACACACCCAUGAAGAACAAUUAGCAAAGACACGCAUGGAGAAAAAGGACUGCAUUGGCUCUGAAUUACAAAAAACAAAUUCCAUCCCAAGAUUCGUAACACCUCUGCAGACAGAGCUCCCUCAAGGAUCACCAUUUGUAAAUGCAUGCGCACGCACUCUUGUACAGAUGGCCAAAUCAGUCUCUCAAACAUAUCAACAACCUCCAUGUGUUGAGAAGACUCCUGAAGCUAGAUUGCCAGCACCUACCAUUCCUGGAGAAGCAGAAACUCUCAUUGUAACAAAGGUGCCCCUUGCGCCUCGUGCGCUUCGUUUCAUUGAUAUAUCUCCCGACAAUGAGCCAAGCAAAAAAGGUGUGCCAAUGUCAGCUCGUUUACCGCGGACACCUUAUCAUUUACGGAGCCGGAGGUAUAUCACUGAAGUCACUCAAAAUCCCACAUGGACAAUGAAACGUCCAAGAUCAAAUAUUGUAAUGAUGGUAGACCCUAAGAGGCAUAGAACAUCAGAAGCAACUUCUGUUGAUCAACCCCCUGACUAUAAAACAGAGAAAGGUGCACCUAAGACAAAGCAGGCUGUUGGUGAAAAGGAAGUUGCCGGCACUUCUAUAGAAGGGCAAGACCAGACUAUGUGUAGUACACCAUCAGCUAGAAUUCGGUCUAAUAAGAAAAAGCAAUCAGAUCCUGCAGUCGUGAUUGCUUACAAAAGACGACAACGCACACCACGUACCAUUUCUGGUGCAGCUGAUCAGCAAGCUAUACAGAAUGCAACAACAGGAGGUGCAUCCAUGGACACAGUUCCAGCAAGCACUUUGGUAGUGAAUCAACCAUUGUGGGAUCUGAGCCCAGCAACUUCCGUACAAAAAUCAACAUAUGGCAUAGACUUGUUGUCACAAGUUGCCGGGGGGACCGGAGACAUUACUAAUGUUGAAGUGACUCCUACUCACACACUGCUCCGCGGUGAAGCUAUCAGAGAUGAUGUACACGCAGCAGAGUCAGAAACUCCAACAGAGACAAACAAAAACUCAUCAGACCCAAGGCGGACUGCACAUGAAAGCACUGUUCCAGCUGCACCUGUUGAAAAAGCUAAAAGGAGCAGAGAUCAUGUAAAGGUGAGGCCUCCUAAAAUGAAAUCUCUGGAAGCUAUUGAUGCUGACACAUCUCUGGUAAUCACUGGUAUUCACCUUGAACCGGCGCAUAAAGACAAUUCAUCAGCUCCAAAAAUAGAGCCAGAGAUUCACGUAGCAAAAUUUCCGAGGAUAACAACAGAUCCCCCCAUUGAUGUAGACAAGUAGUACAAGAAGAUAAGAAAAUGCACCAUGAGUGAACGUUCC